CCCCUACUGGUGGUCUUUAACAAGGAUCUUUCUGGUAUUGAUUUCUAGUUUGAUUCUGUUAUGGUUCAAGAACAUACAUACUUUUACUUUUUCUUUCUUUUUCUUUUAUGUGCACUUGAGAGGGAUGAGCCUUCUGCUGUUAUGGGGGCUGGUGCUCUGGCCCACCUUGUCCUCACCGAUUUUCUGCCUACCUGUUUUGGCUUCAUGUGUUAGCCUCAGUUUUUUAGUCUGAAAAAUGGGCACAGGGUUGUGGGCGGACUCAGUCACAGAGUAAUAAGUGAGCUUCCUGUAUCAUCUCACUUAAUCCUCCUGACGGUCCCAGGAAGGAGGGGCCACCCCCGUCAAAGUUUACCCUGGUUCCCACAGGGCAUCGGGCCCUGUAUCAGGACAGGCUCUGUCGCCUCUGCAAAGCCCUGGCCCAGGGCUCGGUCAGCUGGCUUCCUGUCACCACUGCCUUGGACACAGAACGUCCUUAGGCGAAGAAGCAGUCUCUCUCCCGUUCACUUGCCCGGCCUCCUUGGGAGUGUUCGGGACUUAUCCUCACUCCAGUGCCUGAACCCGGAAUCUGAAAUCUGGAAUCUGGAAGCGCUGGCCUGGCCUGGCCCCCUGGGAGCCUCUGGCUUGAUUCUCUCUGAGCUGGCACGACAGCGGCCCUCGUCUUGCUGGGUGGUGGCCCAAGGCAGACCUCUGCGUUAUGACCCGGCUGCUGGGCUACGUGGACCCCUCAGAACCCCACUUUGUGGCUGCAGUCCUCACCAUCGCUUUCAAUCCGCUUUUCUGGAACGUGGCCUUUGCGAGGAUGGAGACUCCUCCUGCUCUGCAUGAAGCCGAUGACAGCCGUCCUCUGGAUGGACCACACUUCGUCCACGUGCCCCGUUCGGUCGCGAGAUGGGAACAUAAGACCCGAAAGCUGAGCGGGGCCUUCGGGUCCCCCCACCUGGCCUGCUGCACCCUGGGCGGCGCCAUCCUGCUUCUCAACGUGCUGCGCUCCCACUGCUUCACGCAGGCCAUGCUGAGCCAACCCAGGAUGCAGAGCCUGGACAACCCCUUGGCCUACCGCAUGGGCCUGGCACUCCUGGGAGUGGGCGGCGUGUUUGUCCUUUCCAGUUUCCUGGCUCUGGGCUUCACGGGGACCUUCCUAGGAAGAAAGGUUCCCGCGGCUCCCCGGCCCCGAGCCCUCUGUCCCCAGACAGCGAUGACGCCGCUGCCACUCCUCCUGCCCUGCUUGUGCCUGGAGCUCAAGGGACGUCGGGGAGAGGGGCCCUUAGUGAGCAGUGCUGCGCCGGACACUGUGCCUGUGUCUCAUGCCUCUAGGGGAGGCUUCUCGGGGCGGCCACACGCUCCCCUGCGACUACUUCGGGAUCCUGAAGGAGACCAGAGUGACCACGUUCCCGUUCAGCGUCCUGGACAACCCCAUGUACUGGGGCAGCACAGCCAACUACCUGGGCUGGGCCAUCAUGCACGCCAGCCCCGCCGGCCUGCUGCUGACCACGGUGGUGGCGCUCACCUACACGGUCGCCAUCCUGUAUGAGGAGCCCUUCACCGCUGAGAUCUACCGGCAGAAAGCCUCCCAGGCCCACAAGAGGAGCUGACGGACCGCGGCCACUCCGUGGGGGUCCCCACCUCGGGCUUGCCCCGAGCACACGCCCCUCGAGGGGAGGGGGAGAGCGGUGCCUGGCCUGGGCCGUCCAGUGCCUUGGAAACGUGGCUUGGGGGCCUGGAAGGCACCGUGUGGCCCCAGAGCCCCCUGCCCUGCCACCCACCACAUCCUGACCAAUAAAGGCGCCUGACCCCA